GAGGGUAGAGUGAUGCUAACCAUAGUUAACUCCAUUUCCCCUCUCUACCCUUCUUCUUCCUCUGACUCUUCCAUUGUGAAUAACGAAGAACGAUCAAACGAGUCGCCGCAACUCGCUCACACAAACUCAGUGUAGAAACUACCAAUCGUUCUUGAAGAUCGGAUCAGAUGGGCGGAGGUGCGAACGCGGCGGAGGCACAGUACUCGACGGCGAAGAUUUCGGUCUGGUGGGACAUAGAAAACUGCCAUGUUCCCAAGGGCUCCGAGCCACACGCCAUCGCUCAGAACAUCAGUUCCGCCCUCGUUCGCAUGAACUACUGUGGCCCCGUUUCCAUCUCCGCCUACGGCGACACCACGCGCAUCCCUCAAACUGUACAGCACGCUCUCUCCAGCACCGGAAUCUCCCUCAACCACGUCCCUGCCGGUGUGAAAGAUGCAAGUGACAAGAAGAUUCUUGUGGAUAUGCUGUUUUGGGCAGUGGACAAUCCGGCACCGGCGAAUUAUUUAUUAAUUUCGGGUGAUCGAGACUUCUCUAACGCGCUCCAUCAACUGCGGAUGAGGAGAUAUAAUAUUCUUCUUGCGCAGCCUCAGAAAGCGUCUGCGCCGUUGGUUGCGGCGGCCAAGAGCGUGUGGCUAUGGACUACUCUCUUAGUUGGAGGUCCUCCUUUGAGUAAUGGUGAAUCACAACUUGGUAAUAGUAGCUUCGUAUCGUCUUCUGAAACGUUACAAAUUCCGGUUAGCAAUGCCCCUCAGAUACAGCAGCAGCAGCAACAACAGACAGAGUCGUAUUCUGAUGUUCAUGCAGGAAAUACAAACUUUUCAAAUGGUGGCGGUAGGGGAUUUGAUCCUAGAUAUCAAGGGAGGCCAAAUUGGAGAAACCCGACUCAACAAAAUGGACCUAGAGCCAUGAUUCCGCCAGUUGGACUUCAAGACAAUCGAAAUAACAGUAACUCUUAUCGACCUGGCAACUAUAAUCCAAAUGUUCCACUUAGCGGAUCUGCUACAAAUUUUGUUCAUGGAAAUCCUGAUCAGUUACGGAACAAUAACAGUAAUCCACAGGGAAAUCUUCAAACUCCUUAUUCCCAGACAUUAAGACAAAACAGUUUUCCAAUGCAACAACCACCUUUUGCACCUAAUAAUUCAUAUUCUGGAAAUUCCCGUGCUUUCGCAACUUCACCGGUGCCGCCUAGGAAUGGUGGUCCCAACUUCACAACAGGGCCACUUAAAAACACGCCAGAUAUUGGAAAUCUGAACAUUUCUGGCUAUCCCAAUAGUGUUCAUAAUCCACGGACCAUUCCACAACGGAAUGGAGAGUUGAAGCAGAAUAACAACAGUAAUGCUCCACUUCCUGUAAAACCAACUGAUGAACCAAAUGGACAUAUAGUACACAACAGUAGCACGCAAGGCUAUCCUCAUGGUCCAGAUUAUCAACCUAAAAAAUUGGCAGCAGGGGUCAAUAACAACCUUCCUGGCAAUGGUACUUGGGGAUCUCCAGGAAACCCUAAACCUUCUGAAUAUGUACAAGGGCUUAUAGGGGUUGUUUUACUUGCCUUGAACUCACUAAAAAUUGCAAAGAUGCUACCAACUGAGAUGAAUAUAACUGAUUGCAUCCGUUAUGGAGAUCCGAAGCACCGUAACACUGAUGUUAAGAAGGCUCUUGAGUGUGCGAUUGAGAAGCAAAUGGUAGUGAAACAGAAUUUAGGUGCUUUGCUAUUGUAUGUUGGUAAGCAUGAUAAACUUUGGAAUUGUGUAAAUCUAAUAGCUGGUAACCCUAAGCAACACUCAAAAGAAACGUGGGAUGAAAUUGAAAAGUUUUUAACAACUUCUGAUGGAAGAUCAGCAAUCAUGGCUACACAAUGCAAGUAUGAAGCAGGUUUGGUGAUAAAGAACAUGUGCUUUAAAGAUCUUGCUUUGGGGGAUGUGCUUCAGAUAUUAAACAUGGUGAUUGCCCAUAAGAAAUGGAUUGUGCAUCCCCAGUCUGGCUGGCAACCACUUAUGAUUACUAUUCCUGAGUCAAACUCUGAUUCAGGGUGGUAGCUGAUACAUAACAGCACCCUGAUUGUGGUAAUGGAAACUAGAAAAUCACCCAGAGAAGUCAUAGAAGUAAUUACACAACGAGCCAGAUGAACUAGGAAUUAUGUAAUAAUCGAUGUUUUUCUCAUGUGAAUCAAAAGGUAGGUAUUAAUGUUGAACUGCAGUACUAAAGAAUCUCAAGUGUUUAUGGGUUUUGCUAAAGCCUUCAGUUUGUCUCGAGGGAGAAACGAACCAGCAUCUGAACAAUAGCUGAAAGAUACCAGAACUGUUUGUUAUGGUUGACCUUCCUACUAUUGUCUGUCAUGGUGGAUAUAUCUUGGAAUCAGUAUGCCUUCCUUUGCCUUGAGCUUGUGCUCAUUUUUAACCUUCCUACAAAUAUAUAUUUUGCCUGGAGACUGCCAUAUUAGAUUGAACUCAGAAGGUCCUUUUAUUGAUGUAUUUGAUGUAUUCUAUUCUAAAUAUUGUCCAAGAUAUUGGCCCAAUGCGUUUUUUCAUUAAGUAGAAGAACCUUCAAGCUAGUCCAGUAACCAUUCUCGAUGCUGUUUGCUCAUUACUUAAAAAGUGGUCUCUCUAGUCAGAUUCUACACUGUGGACUGAAAUGUCUUUGAUCAUUGCUGGGGAUGUCUUUGAAAUACAGGAAGUUUAACUAAUGGACAGAAGACAAUUAAAAUUGCACAAAUGGAGGACAAAUUCCUGUAUGAAGCUCAUGAGUUGCGAUCUUAACACAAACACAAGGUAUGUUUUUGAUGGUGGAAUUCAAUUAUGAAAAAUCACGUUAUGGAGUUUUCAACAUGAUUCUGAGAUGGUGAAACUACAUUUUAGUGCAUCCUGCUGCAUUUCUUGUUGCUGAUGCUGCCUACAGAGUAUUGAUAUUGUUAUCUGGAAUUAGCUUUUGAUGUCUGGCUCAGUACGCUGGAUUCGGUGAUUCAGUCAAAAUUGAUCUCUGGUCUUUCUGCUUUUCAUUGCCUUUUAUUGCUAGUAAUUGCGUGUAUAAUCCGUAUUUUAAUUUGCUUUAUGUUUUGUACAUUUAUGUGCUCUCAGCUUUUGAAAUUUACUUUCACUUUUCUGUUGGAAA